CUCUCCAGUUCUGCGUGUUGUGACAUGUUAUUGUUGUCUUCUAGGGAAAUACAUAUAAUUUUUAUUUGUCUCCUGUCGACGAAAUCCUAUCAUUGUGAAUAGCUUGAUUAUUUAAUGUUCUGUAAGAUAUGAACGGCGCCAUGUCGCUCGCGCGAAGACCCAGCCAGGAGUUAAGCGAGAAACAGUUUGGACAACUGUCGUUAUCCGACACGAAGGUUCCCUCGCGUCGCCAUGAUGCUGGCCGUAGUUCUCUGGGCAACGUGGCGUCGGUGCAACGGCCAGAUAACGCUGUGACUCGACGUUUCUCGGGUGGAAUCGCGGUUCUGCAGGCUGGCAGUGUGGCCGAGGAUCUCGUGGCGGCCUUCCUGAGUGCCAAUCAACACGUGCUGCAGAAGGUGCAGAGUCUGCCGAAUGGACAGCAGCUGCUGGAUAUCUGUGAAGUGUACCGCGCGGACGUCUUUGCUUUUUUGCUGGGCAAGAAAUUUCUGCCGGAUUUAGCGGAUUUGUGGACAACGGCUGCGGUGCGGGAUGCCGCACCACUCUUCGCUCCGGCAUUCCACGGUCUGGAUUUUUCCCUGGUUAGCACGCACCGGAUGCUGGGAGGCAUUAAUAACAAGACGAUGCACGAGAAACACCGGGAGUACUUGGAGACGUUAAACGUGAAGUCGCUGCUAGCGAACACACGCGCUAUCCUGGACCAGUACGCUGUUGACGGUCCGUUUUUCGACUACGACUGGUUGGUGGAGUACAUGAAGGUGCUGCGUGUUCUGUUUCCGGAAUGGGCCGGCUACGCCGUGGUGGAGGGACUGGGGGAGUUCUUCGACAUAGAGCUGGAUUACGGGGCCGUCGUGACGGCGGGCUGCGAUCCCAAGGUGGUGCUGAUCAUCAAAGGCUUCCUGGGCCGUUGGCCGGGAAUGGAGAGAAUCGGCGAGCGCCAUCAAGAGCUGCACGUGUGGGAUAUGUCCAAAAAAAUGCGCAAAGAAGGAGACGCGUGUUUUCCGGAGCGCAUGUUCUGGAUGUGUUUCCGGGGGGUGCACUGUGGGGUGGGAUGGCAGGAGGGAGAGGCGUUUGCCCAACGCGUCUGGCCCCAUGAAGAUGACGUUUAUCACGAUGUGCGCCGCGAUGAAUCGCUGCGAGAGCUGUGUGGCUUUGCGCAGUUGGUUGCGGGUACAAUGAUACAGUGUGACCGAUACGGUUCCUCUCGCGCACUGCCCGAUUCUGCUGGGGGGCGCGAUCAGUAAUGGGGGGAAACGGUUUGGGCUGUGGUGUUUUUGGUUUGUGUUUAUUUGCAGCCGAAAAUAAUUUGCAAUAAUUCCCAAGUAAUUAAUAAACCGAAAUGAUUCUUUACUAUCCGUAGUGCUCCUAAACGUUAUGGUGUUUCUGUGUUCUGUUAUGCUCAUGUUUUCAGUGUUCAUAUAUGGCGAUCAGACUUAUGGGUGCCUCGAGAGUUUGUCUGCUCAUUCAGUAAACCGAACUU